UGUCGCCGAUGCAGACACUGAAAUAUACUCAACCAAACGCACGCGGUCGAGAUUAAAAACGUCCGGGAUCGCCAUAUUGUCUCACAGUGAAGCCUAGAAAAAACAUUGUGUUCACGUGGAAUCUCUCGAGAGCGAAUAAAUCCUUGAAAAAAUACGAGAUACCUUGAAAAUAAAGUGUUGAAGUGAUCCUGAGAGUUUGAACGUGCGGAUACCUCUGUUAAAAUUUCCCACAACUGCCGAAUCAAUUGCUUUUAUCAUUUACUCGGAAAAUUAGCUACCGUGGAUCAGGAUCAUGGCUAUCAGGAACGUGCAGCUUGUGAAGUGGACCUUCCCCUUCGCCCUGUUAAUUGGUUUAUUCUGGUACAAACGUCGACGCGUAGAUCGAGUUGAUCCCGGUGGAAAGUCAAAAAUCGAAAGAGAAGAGUGUGAGAAUUCCUCGAACAUUGAUUCCGCGAAAAAGACGAGUCUCAGCGACUCCGGGAUCAGCAUCGACGAUUCCCUACUGAUUACACCACCCGUGAAUCAUUCCGAGGGUGGAACCAGCGGUUCAAGCCCGAGAAGAGUCAGUGAAAGUCUGGAUAUUCCCACGAGGAAAUCGAGCUCCCAGGGGAUCUCCAUCAAAUCCACUAAAUCUGGGAGCAGUCCAUGGUACACUGAGGUUGAGGAUAUUCCAGAGGUGAAGGGAAUCGUCCUGGGUAGCAAUCCCAAGUCUCCAAGCCUUGACAUGGCGAGAAAAAAUCAACUGGAGGUCCCUGACAAAUCAGAGAAGGCCUCCCAGGAAUUCACUCACGUCCCCCAGGAUCCCAAGAUCUCCAUCGACGAGACCAAGACCUCCGUGCAGGCCAUCUCCGACCGAGACUCGGCAAAUCACAGUCCUGUCUCUGGAGUCCUCGAUGGCAGUGUCAAUGACGAGGUCAGGAGCGAGGGCAGCACUGAUAGUGGAAAGGGUGGGAGUAUCAACGGUCAAGUGACCAAGCGAAAAUGUGUAACAACUUAUGAGUUCACAAUGCCCCAGAGUGUGGUGGGUCGUAUGAUCGGUAAACGAGGCAUUUUAAUCCAGCAAUUGAAUGCCAAAGCCGAAGUUAAUAUAUUUGUGAAACGUCAUCCCACAACGAAUCACUUAAAACUCUGUGUUAUCGAGGGGCUGCCCGAUAACAUAAACCGAGCACUAGACCUGAUAAGAUUGAGAUUCCCAUUGAAGAAAUUUCCGGAGGUGACACUCGAACAGGUCAACCUGACGAGUAAUCCUGAGGAAAUUCCCUGGGUCACUGAACUCAUGCAACUGCACUUGGUGGAUGGUGUGAACAAUGAUGUUAUGGUCUGUCAUAUUCUGCAACCCGAUAGGCUGUUUAUUCAAUUACCAACACAUCCAACUCAUCCAUCACUCAGGGUGUUAGAUUAUAAUAUGACACAGUUGUACAAUACUGUUGAGUCACCACCUGUUCCAGAUCAAUUGGCUCAGGGAAUGAUUGUCGUUGCCAAGUGGUACGACACAUGGGUUCGUGCUCUAGUGGAAGAGGCAGAUCCUGCUGGUGAGAAGCACUUAGUCAGGCUUGUGGAUCACGGGGGUUUCUGGACGUUUAGCAAUGCAGAAAUGAGGAAAAUUAGAUCAGAUUAUCUGACGUUGCCUUUUCAAGCAAUUGAAGUCUCUUUAGCAAAUAUUAAACCUAAAAAUGGUGAAUGGCAACCAGAAGCCUAUGAUGUUGUAGCCCAAAUCUGUUCAAAUAGCAUUGGACAGGCUCAAAUAGAAGGUUAUAUCGACUCAAGUAUUUUUAUCAGUCUGUAUAUUAAUGUACCGAAGCAUGGGGUGAUAUCUGUUGCACACGAAUUAAUAGCGCGAGGUCUUGCAGAGGCCGUGGCCUUUGAGGAGAUGAUACCCGAGCAGCCACUGGCUCAGACAUGAAUCUACGACACCUGAAGAAGAACGAAAAAUGUGUGAUUUUAAAGGCUUUGCCUAUAAUUCGUGUAAGUCCGGUAAUUUCAUUAGUUUAAACCGCAGAGAACUGGUGGAUACGUGUGAGUGUGAUCGUCUUUUCAAUUUCUAAGAAAAAUAAUGUGUGUCUGAACAUAACAUUUCAUCAACUACUUCAUAAACUCAUUUUUAAAGCCCAAUUCCCAAUUUUUGCACUUAACGUUGAAAGUUAUUCCCAGUGAAUGAUAUUAAUUUUUUUUUCCUGUUAAAAAUUGAGAGAAUGAUUGGCAUUAAUUCUGAGGAUUGCAUUCUUACCCAUCAUCGGCCAUCACCGAUUGAUUAUUGAUUUUCGAAAUGAAAAGAUUAAAAAAAGUGUUUCAAAAUGUUUUUGAAAUUUCUUACUGAAAAUUAAAUCAAUCUCUUCGAUCUUUUGUAUAUAAAUAGAGUGUAUGGGAAGUGGCAUUUUAAUCUCAUCAGUGCAUGAAAAAAAGAUUUUACUGGUUAAAAUGCUGCAUUAAUAGCAUAAAAUCUCAAUUACUCAAUUAAAAAAAAAUGACUGAUUAAUUAUUCUUCAUGAUGAAUCAUUUUUGAAGACCAGGGAAAUCACAAUAAUGUCAUAAUCUGCAGGAGUAUGAAUAACACUGGUGAGUGUCACUUGUAUAAAUGCAAAGAAUAUGAGAAGUUUUUUCUAUUUUUCAAUUGAAAAUGAAUUUAGUUAAGACACUUUUUUAUACGCCAUCCAAGUUUCUCAAUUAAAUAAAAAUAACUCCGAUACUUAGCAAUUUUUGCAUUUCAAUGGUCGAAGCAAUUAGACCUAGUAGUAAACGUUGAAGUUAAUUUUUUAGGCUGAAUUUCUGGUCGAUACAUCCUGUAAAUAUUGUAAACAUCAACAGUUUUCUUUUUCACAUAUUGAAAUAUUUAUACAUUAACUAAUAAGAGUAAGAGGAGAAAUCCCAACGUUUAAGUGACAAUGAAGAAUAAUAAAAUAAUUAUGAAAUAUCCGAGAAGCUAGAGAUAAUAUUAAAGUUCAAAAUUGGAUGAAAACAUGAACAAAUGUGCGAAGAAAUUCUAUGAAAAUUCUCUAGUGUUAAUCACAUUCACGACGAAUGUUCAUCAAUCCACGACGAUUGACCUGCAGAUUUAAUAAAUAAUUCAGUAGCCAAGGGAUAAAGGGGAACAAGUCGAAUUGUUCUCAAGUUUAUUUUUCGAGGAAUAUCUCUCAAAUCUGAGAGGGGUAACGAAAUUUUAUUCAAGACCUUUUUUGUAGAGCGUAAACUUCAAGGAGCGCUACAAAAAAGCUUCUUACUGAAAUUUUCCUGCUUUUCUCUGACCCAGAGAUGUAUCUCGAAGAAAUUGACUAUUAGAUAAAUGGAUAAGUCGGCUGGUUCUUUAGUGGUUUUCGAAAAAUACCUCCGAACCCAAGAAAAAUAGCGAAAUUCUACGCAAAACCUUUUUUGUGGAGCGCAAUAAGAGCUACAAAAGAGGUUUCAACAAAUUUCGGUACUUCUCUUAAAUGCGGGAAUUGAACGAUAUUGUCCCUCUUCACUACUGAUUAAAUCACAUUUUUGAAGACUCUGUGGCCACUGGGAGCUGGGAAUCCAAAUGUCGCGUUGUGUUAUUCAUAGAUACAUGGAUAAAAAAAAAUGUAUUAUUGUUAAAAAUUUUCUUUCUAUAAGUUCACAUAUAUUUUUUUGAUACAGAAAAAUUUAACUCAGCCUUUUGAUAAAGCAUUUACUAUCUUCACAAAAGUAAAACAAAAAAAAAUAAAAACUC